AUGCCCUCUAACAAAGAUCGAAUAUAUGUUGUUCUCCACGCACGAGGAGGCAGCACAAACAUGCCAGACAAGGAAGACACGUACCAUUGGUCCCUAAUUGUAGGGCCCAAAAUUGAAACAGAGAAUAGCACUGGUUUCUGCUACCACGCGAACGAGAGUCCAAAAUUGGGAGGGGGCUCUGAGUGGCACUUCGAAGAGCUUGAGUGUUCACUUACCGCUACUAGAAUGUUACUUGUUCGUAUCAUGAUUGGGAAGGUAUUGGAUGGAUAUCAUACGGCUGAAAUUAUGCGCAAUACGCCUGUUCGACAAAAUCGGCCAGGAUGGAACUGUGUUUCGUGGGUAAAGGAGGCCUUGGAAACACUCCAGGCCGAUAAUAAGGCCUUAGGCACGAGCAUGCUUGAGUGGAGUAUAGUGCGCAAUAUGGCAAUGGCUUAUUGCCAACGGAAGAAGGAUGAGCACCGUUUUGAUGGUCAGGGUAAUUAUGAUAUGAGGAAGGCUCCAACUUAUGAUUUAUUGGAGCAGAGGGAGAUUAUUGCUUGA